AUGUUGCUGCAUGUAGCGUCUGUAAGUUCCCAUGCUAACUGUGGGCCCCACCUCGAAUGCUUCUACACCAUAGUCCUGUGGAUGGAAGUGCUUGGGAUGAGCCAGUUCUCUUUGGCCUUGGGCUCCGGAUUUUCUACACAGUGGCACUACAUAAACAACAGCAUAACCAGUCAGCGCUUCAUGUUCUUCUGGGUCAGCUGGGGUGCACCAGCACUUCAGCUGCUUAAGGUGGCGGAGAGGAUAGUGCAGGAGCAACACAGCGCCCCAGAGCAAUCAUUCCCACCAUGCCAACAUGCGCUCGUGUGGCUCGUGACUGGUGAGAUGCCACGCCCAGAAGGCAGCGGCGAAGGCCAAGGCACACUGGUCAAGGACUACACCGUCCGCAGCUGCGUCAUCGAAGCCCUCAGGGAUGGCGUACCCAAGUGCACUGUCAAGAAGUGGGUCCAAGACCUCAGCAAGGAUUUCUUUGUUCAGGACGAUAUGAGCUUCAUCAAUGCCUGGCGCGACCUGCGCCACCGCUGGGAGCGGCUGAGCUCCAAGCGCCAGCGGCGGCAGAAGCGGAAACGUGACGAGCCCGAGGAUGUGUCCGUGCCGGCUCCACAACCGGGCAUCCGUCUUACGAACCCACAGCUGGAGGCUGUCCUGGAAGCUGUGAAGACCGCACAUGCGGACAUCGCAGAAGGAGUUUGCAACUCAAUGGAGAAGGCACUGGCUGUUCACCUUUCUCUCGGCCUGAGCUCCUUGGCUGCGCCGGUCCUGUCGGCCCUGUCACCAUCUGCCACAGGCCCACAAGGCAAGCAAGAGCAGAAGGUCAGGAUACCAAAAACUCCGGGGGGCCUACGUGCAAUGCUCGCAGAUUUUCGAGGCCAGCAGAUGGGCUUGAAACAGCUCGCGUUGCUGGUCCACCCGGACAAGAGCCGCCACCCACGUGCCAAAGAUGCGUUCCAGAAACUUGCGCCGUUUCUGCGCCUGGACUCCUGA